CUAACUUACAAUAUUGGUAAGGCUCAGAUUUAGUUGGUAGUACAUAGGAGUUGUCUUAUGUUACAUACGAGGAUUCAGAGAAAAUCCAUGAAAAGAGGAAGAAAAACUAGGAGUUUCAACACCCAUAAAGUUGACAAAGAACUGGAUGACUUUGAAAAACAGCAAAAACUGAAUCUGGGUCCGUCCAUGGAAGACCUCCCCAGGUCUAUCUCCUUUGACAUUCUGCUCCGACUCCCUACAAAGGAACUGCUCAUCUGCAGAUGUGUUUGUAAAACUUGGCGAAAUCUAAUCUCUGAUCAGGAAUUUGCAAAGCAGCACUUUUUGUGCGCUGAGUCGUAUCCUCUCAUCCAAUCCUUGUCCCCUACCCACAUAUCAAGAAACCUUUACUUGGUUGAGUUACCGGAACACAGCUCUGGUUUCGAUCUACGUGAGAACUGUGCUUGUUAUGGACGUUCUUUGUCCGGGCGCCACUUUCACAUGAAGCUUGAAACCAAGUUAAAGAUCCCUCUGCACAAUGCAGAACUGGCGAUGAACAGUGAAGGUGAUGCAAAUGUGAGUGGUAACUCUAAAGGCAGGGUUAAACGAAAGCGGUGCAUCAAGUUGAAGCCCAAAGAUCACAAGCUAAAUUUGGUGAAUUCCUGCAAUGGAUUUCUUUGUUUGUCUGAGCCAUCACAGGAUGAUCCUGUUGUUGUGUGUAACCCAAUCACUGGCGAGUUUAUAAAACUCCCGGUUCUCACACAAGCUGCCAAGUCUCGUAAUUCUAGAAGGUUUAGUGAUUGUGGUUUGGGAUUCAGUCCAAUGACAAAUGACUAUAAGGUGAUCAGGAUGUUUGAUCAGCGGGAAAGGGAACGGGUUCGUGAUCCCAUUACAGGCAUAGAAGAUUAUAGCAGAAGGGUGGCUGAGAUAUAUAUAUUGGGAACAGGGUCAUGGAAAAGGAUUGGGCGUGCACCUUCAUCAAAUUAUGGGUAUAAGCUUAGAUUCCCUUCAUAUCUGAAUGGCGCUCUUCAUUGGCUUCUUAUCGACUACAAUAUUGACGAGCAGAUGGCUGAAAGAAACUAUAUAGUUUCUUUCAAUUUUGACAAGGAGAGAUUCAUAGCCAUUCCGCCACCGCCACGCAAACAUGCCAUCAUUAGCUUGCACGGGAUGGAAGAUAUCUCAUUGGGGGUAUUGAGAAACUUGCUUUGCAUAUGUGACCUUGAAGAUAACUAUAUUGUAAUGAAAAUUUGGGUGAUGAAGAAAUACAAUGUCCAGGAAUCUUGGACUAAAUUGUUUUGUGUGAGUACCACAACUCCUUAUAAUAGGUGGCUUCGUGGUGUGUACCAACCGAUAACUUACUUGAGAAGCGGAGAUAUAUUGUUUUUUGAUCGCUUGGGCAAUGUUGUGGUUUAUUAUAAGGCUGACGAGCGAUUGAUGUUUCUAAAGUUUUGCGGGGUUAAAUCAGAAUAUAAAGCAAUUGCUCAUACUCCGAGCUUCAUUUCACUGAAGGACGCAGUGAUGGGAGAUAAUUCACCCGUGUUGAAUAUCAAAUCAAGGUGUGCGGGGUUGAAACUGCAGGGAGAGACCAAAGCUCUUUUCUUGAGCGAGGAAAAUGAAAAGAUGGAUUCCGAUAUUUUGAUCUGUCAUCCGAAUCUUGAUUAUGAUACAACCGACUAGCAAGUGCUGGUGGUAGAAUUGAUGGAGGUGAGUAACGGGGCCAAAAAGAGCAUUGGGAAGUUUUGGCAAUUCAAGCUUUAUAUCCGGACUCAUUUAUAUUCUCCUUUUCUAACUUCCUUUUUUGGUUACUUAAAAGGCUGUGUUUGGAUUAAGGAAUUGCCGAAUUGGUUGAGGAAAAGGGAAAGCCAAGGACAAACUCAGGUAUCUGAUCUGACGAUCCAUGGUUAAUCUAUUUUGCCUUGCUUUUCUUUCCGCUCCCUAAAUCCUCAAUCGCAAUAGAUAUCAGCAAAAAACUGUUCAUGGGAAUACGAAGGGCAUAACCUUUUGCGGGUUUGAACUUGUUUAAUACUUACUACUUCAGCUGGCUAUUACUUAAUGAAACGGGCUCUCAACUUCGGCCUCUCCAAACCCUCUUCACAAGUGUGUUCGACGGGUCCGGCUCCGGCCUCGUGGUUUCAAGAGGCUUUUCUUUUUUGGUUUUGUUGUUUUUAGUUGUUGUUUCUGUGUUUUCGGAUCGGUAGUGUCUCCUUUUAUUGUACUGUUUUAUUAUAUAUAAUAUUUGCAUUUUCUGGCUAGUCAGA